GUUUAAAACAGCUUAUCACAUCCCCGCUCCCACACGCCCAUUCCACCUUCUUCUCUACCUCGUACAUAUAAGCUUUACAAUUUUUCCACCCGCCGACGUCCCCCGCGUUCUUUCCAACGAAAAAUGAGGACGCUCCCUAACAUUAUCAUCACCGGCACGCCUGGCGUCGGCAAAACGGUCCAUUGCGAGCAGUUGGCGCAAGACACGGGCCUGCGACACCUGUCCAUUAACCAAGUUGUGAAAGAGCACGGGUGCCAUGAGGGAUAUGAUGAUGAGCUGCAGUGCUAUAUCGUGGAUGAUGAUAAGCUCCUCGAUGUGAUAGAAAAGGAUGUGCCGAAGGGCGGGUAUCUUAUCGAUUGGCAUGCCUGCGACCUCUUUCCCAAGUCCUGGGUUGACCUGGUGGUGGUGAUCCGGUGCACUUCUACUGCUAUACUCUAUGACCGGUUGGCGGCUAGAGGCUACUCGGAGCGCAAACUGCAGGAAAACCUUGACGUGGAAAUAUUCGAUGUCCUCCUCCAAGAAGCGCAGGAGUCAUACGAUGAGGAAAUCGUCGUUGAGUUGACGAGCGAGAAUGACGGGGAUAUUGAAAAGAAUUGCGAACGCAUCGAGGCUUGGAUAGAAUCUUGGAAAGCGACCCAUACGGAGAGUUCGGGUUGAAUGGGAUCCCUCCUUUAGCCUCCUCGCGGCCCACGCGGCUCUACGGCCCCUUUUUCCCGGCGAUAAUAUUUUGAGGACGAUCGGGGAAAUAUCAAGGAUAUGUCUCCACGAGCCAUUGUUUCAAUUUCGCAAGCGCUUUGUAUCGAUGCGAGAUCAGGUUCUAGAUCGUCGCGCAGAAAAAAAACUCAGCGUCAAAGCCCACAUAUGCGCCUCCUCUACCACUCAACUAUUAAAUAUCGACGUUGGGGGAGAUUUGCUUUUUUUAACGCACCUUUUCGUCCUUGUCCAUCUCUGCAAACGUCUUCCCCUCAUACUCGAAUAUGGGAUCCCAACCUGCGCAGUUCAAUCAUUAUCAGCCCUGUCAAUUCAUGUUUCAAGUGGUAGAAAUAAUUGGAGGGUGGGACCCCGUUUUGGGCAGGUGGGAACUAUACCGAAAUUCGCGGGGCCCCUAGCUGGAACAAUUCGACCCUAUUAUAUGGAGAAACCACAUGUUAGAAUGAGAGACCGCGAUCUACACCGGGCCUUAACCCGCUGUUUCUUGUGCGGUGGGGGGAUUGAGAGGCAGAAGAGUAAUGCAGUUACCUCAGUCUUCCCUUGAAAGAGUAUCGGCUCCGCACCUGGCCCACUGCAGAACGCAAACGUGCACACUGCCACGAUGGAUUUGUCUGCGUAUGGAUCCAGCAACUUGUUAAGGCCUUCGUGGCCUAGGGCUUCGAGAAACCAUUUGCUAUAUAAUUUCGUUGUUAGUAUUCAGAAUUUUUCAAAUGCCCCACGCGUCCAGCGUAAAAUGCUUGUUUGAUAGAGUGGAUAUAUAUAUAUAUAUACAUAUGCUUUUAUAGGGGGAACACAAAUUAUCAAAGGCACCCCUUGUUUCAUACCCGAGUAAGUAGGGAAGAAGUUGAAAAACAAAAAGCAAACACUUAGAGCGAGGAACUUACAUAUAUGGUCCUGGCAACCCCUUUAAUGCAUUAAACUCUAGAGCUGUGUCUUCUGUCAACGCAGGCCCUUGUAUCUGUAUAUUUGUAUUCAGAGACACGAAAAAUUUAGCUUGAUGGCCCUUUCAAUCAAUUGCAACCAGCCACCACCCAAUGAUACUACUGGGUUAUGGGUAAAAAAUACUCCGUACAAUCGAUAUCUAAUAUCGACUGGCCUGUAUAUAUAAAAAAAUAGAAGAAAAAAAAAUAUAGCAAGCGAGGAGAAGAUUCUAUCUGGCACAUACCACCUCCGCCGCCCUGCGGCAUUUCUCUUUCGCAAUCUCUUCAAUCGAGCCUUGGAUCUCGGGCACGUCAAUAGCCCGGUUCUGCACUUCUAUGGCAUCACCUAAUAUAGCCUGGACUUCGGCUAGUUUGUUUUUGUUGCCUGUGAUGAAGUUUAUGGUCUUCAUGGUUGAGGGGGGGGGAGGUGGGGGAGAUGAUGGGAUGACG